GAGGAGGGGUGACUAGUGUGUGCGUGUGUGUGUGUGUGUGUGUGAGAGAGAGAGAGCAACAGAGAGAGAGGGAGCGAAAGAAAGUGCAUCCAGCUUUCAGUCAUUCAUCUCUCGGGGAGAGGAGAGGAAACUACAACAGGACAGGAAAAGAAACAUUUUUUGAAUGGGGAAAAAGGAAGAUUUUUAUUUUAAAGUUCUGUGCUCAAUCUCUGACUUCAGAAGCUUCUGACUCAGAUUUCCUUUUCAUCAUCACUGUUUUUUACACCCCAAAAUAUUGUGCUGCUGCAAGUACUUCACAUCACCCCUUCUACUCUGCAUGGAGAUACUUCCACGUCUCCUUCUGCAACUGAGGACACUCUCUCUGAAAGCUGCAGAUUUCAAAAUCCAACGCCAAAACUGUGCCUGUUUUUGACAUCACAAGUCCAUAUAACUUGGACAGAGAAAGUGGAGCCCUUCGAUGCAGCGUGCGUAAGGGACUGGUUGUUUUUUUCGGGAGGUGUAGGAGGAGGCGACUCCAGGAGGACGUACUGGGAUCAGAACGCUCCUGGAAGAGCUCCGAGAAGAGGAGGAGGGCGCGUCACGCUGAGAGAGAGCAUCCUCCCAGCCUUUUCACUCCCUACAAACACACCCUAAAGCCAAGAGAGCUUCAGUAAUCUUAUAAAAUUACUGUAGGUCGACUUUAUAGAAGUAUUUUAGCAAAACUAACCUCCUGCAGCACCAUAAAGUAGAUUAAGAAACCACAAAAGUACAUUUGAUUAAGAUAAAUUCAUCACUUUGUUGCUGCCAUACUACCAAGUCAUUAAAAGGCAUAUUAUAGGAUUAUUGUAGAAACAUUGUAGAGUUUAUUUGUCAGGUACACACGGACACCCAGGACGCUCCAGCACGCUCCAGCACGCCGCCGCAGAAUGGAUCUCCCACCAAUCAGAGGUUUAUCUGAUGUGCCGUGAGCGUUGGGAGCACCUAGCCCCAGCCCCGGCCUGCAGCCCUGGUCCCACCCAGCCUGGCUCACCAGGAUGGACCCUCCUCAUUCCUUCAGGAUGGAGUUGGACGGGCUGGACCUCCAGCAGGUCCAAGUGCUGUCCCUCGACCAGAUACGUGCAAUCCGGGCCAACAAUGACUAUGUGGAGAGGCCCGUGGCGCUGGAACCGGCAUCCCAGUCCGGAUUUUUCUAUGCCCAUGAAGACCGUCAUGGAGUAUACCCCCACUACCCCCAGCCUUCCUUCCACUCAGCCCUGCCCCGCAGCCAAAGUCAGCAGCAGCACGCUCACAUGUCCCACCUGAGCCGUUCCAGUACCAUAAGCUCUUCUAUUUCUCGGACCAGUGCUGCUUCAGAUCAGCGGCUACUGGCGGGUUUGACACCAUCUAACUCUGGCCUUGGUUCAGUGGUCCGUUCUCAGCCUAAAGGAGAACUCAAGCCUGAUGCUUCCUUUGGUAAAGGCCUGACAGAGGACGAGGCUGAGCUGGGCCGUCAUUUAUUUAUCUGCGAGCGGUGUGGUCGAUGUAAGUGCCAAGAGUGCUGUGCCCCCCGCCGCCUGCCCUCCUGUUGGGCCUGUGGACAGCGAUGUCUGUGCUCCGCUGAAAGUGCUGUGGAGUAUGGCACCUGCAUGUGCUGUGUUAAAGGUCUGUUCUACCACUGCUCUGCCCAGGAUGAUGAGGACAACUGUGCUGACCGGCCAUGCUCCUGUGCUUCGGCCCAUGCUUGUGCCCGUUGGGGCACCAUGGGGCUGCUGUCGCUCUGCCUGCCCUGCCUCUGCUGCUACCCCCCUGCCAGGCUGUGCCUUGCCCUGUGCCAGUGUGCCCAUGACCGCGCCUCGCGCCCCGGCUGCAGGUGCAGCAACACCAACACUGUGUGCCGCAAGAUUUCCGCCUCCAACCCUAACCCUGGUCAUCCCUCGCUCCGCAGCAAGGCCCUGGAGAAGCCUUUAUGA